CAGCUGGUUCUCACCUCCGGCCCCCCGCCUUCUUGUUCCGCAGGCGCCGCUAGGCCCUCCCGCGGCUGCCCGCCGACACCCCGGCUUCCACUGACACGAGCCUCUCGGCGCGGCUUCCGCUUCCGGCGAGUAUUGUGUGUCGCGCUGCGGGGCGGGGGCGGGGGGAGGAGGAAGGAGGGAGGCAGCGCUCCGGCGGCUCCGCGCCCCGCACUCCCGGACCCGAAGCCGGGAAGGCCCGGGCGGACGUUUUGCCGCCCCGGCGACGUCAGCGCGUCCGGCGUUGCUUGGCUACCCCGCCGUUACCCCGUCCCGCUGCCGCUCGCCUCCCCGGGUGAAACUCUGACGCCGUCACCGCGGGUCUCGGCUGCGUCAUAGCGGCGGGCAUCCCAUCUUCACGUCACACCUUCUCACCUGGACACGCAUCCCUCCCUCCCUGCCAACAACGACGUUUCCUCUCCCCCUUCUCCAGCCCCCCUGCACCAGAUCAGGCGGGAGAAGAUGGAGACGGGGGUGGGACCGAGUUGUGGACCACGCUCAGGAAAGGGUUGCAAGUUAAAUAAUGGCAGAGACAAGUCUGUUAGAGGCCGGGGCCUCUGCAGCCUCCACAGCUGCAGCUCUGGAGAACCUACAGGUGGAGGCAAGUUGCUCUGUGUGCCUGGAAUACCUGAAGGAGCCUGUCAUCAUUGAGUGUGGGCACAACUUCUGCAAAGCUUGCAUCACUCGCUGGUGGGAGGACCUAGAGAGGGACUUCCCUUGUCCUGUAUGUCGAAAGACGUCCCGCUAUCGCAGUCUCCGGCCAAAUCGACAGCUGGGCAGUAUGGUGGAAAUUGCUAAGCAGCUGCAGGCCGUCAAGCGGAAGAUCCGAGAUGAGAGCCUCUGCCCCCAGCACCAUGAGGCCCUCAGCCUCUUCUGCUAUGAGGACCAGGAGGCUGUGUGUUUGAUAUGUGCAAUUUCCCACACCCACCGGGCCCACACCGUCGUGCCACUGGAUGAUGCCACACAGGAGUACAAGGAAAAACUGCAGAAGUGCCUGGAGCCGCUGGAGCAGAAGCUUCAGGAGAUCAGCCGCUGUAAGUCCUCUGAGGAGAAGAAGCCCGGCGAACUCAAGAGACUAGUGGAGAGUCGCCGACAGCAGAUCCUAAAGGAAUUUGAAGAGCUUCACCGGCGGCUGGAUGAAGAGCAACAGGUGUUACUUUCACGGCUGGAGGAGGAGGAACAGGACAUUCUACAGCGCCUCCGAGAAAAUGCUGCUCACCUUGGAGACAAGCGCCGGGACCUCGCCCACUUGGCUGCUGAGGUGGAGGGCAAGUGCUUACAGUCGGGCUUCGAGAUGCUUAAGGAUGUCAAAAGUACCCUGGAAAAAUGUGAGAAGGUGAAGACCAUGGAGGUGACUUCAGUAUCCAUAGAGCUGGAAAAGAACUUCAGCAAUUUCCCCCGACAGUACUUUGCACUAAGGAAAAUCCUUAAACAGCUAAUUGCGGAUGUGACCCUGGACCCUGAAACGGCUCAUCCUAACCUAGUCCUGUCGGAAGAUCGUAAGAGCGUCAAGUUCGUGGAGACAAGACUCCGGGAUCUCCCUGAUACUCCACGGCGUUUCACCUUCUACCCUUGCGUCCUGGCUACUGAGGGUUUCACCUCAGGCCGACACUACUGGGAGGUGGAGGUGGGCGACAAGACCCACUGGGCGGUGGGCGUGUGCCAGGACUCCGUGAGCCGGAAGGGUGAACUGACCCCACUGCCUGAGACUGGCUACUGGCGGGUGCGGCUAUGGAACGGGGACAAGUAUGCAGCCACUACCAUGCCUUUUACCCCUUUGCACAUCAAGGUGAAACCCAAGCGGGUGGGCAUAUUCCUAGACUAUGAGGCCGGCACACUGUCUUUUUACAACGUCACAGACCGCUCUCAUAUCUACACCUUCACUGAUACUUUUACCGAGAAACUUUGGCCCCUCUUCUAUCCAGGCAUCCGGGCUGGUCGGAAGAAUGCUGCACCACUCACCAUCAGGCCCCCAACAGAUUGGGAGUGACAGGAAGGGGCAUGGGAAUCAUCAGGGUGAGGCAGGGUCAAGAGCUACGGGCCUUCCUUCCUGUGACCUACUGGAAUGUCUUCAUGUCUGCCUGGUUCUGGUUCUGAACCAUGUGGGAGAACACCUUGGUUUCCCGAAUGGUUUCAGUGGAGGAGUAGGUUGGACUGGACUAGGUCGAGAGCACUGCAGUGGCUCCCUCCUGACAGGGUGGAGAGCUGCUUCUCAGGGGGUGGUCUCCCCUGAAGUCCAUCAGGUUUUCUAUUGCACAAGGACCGGUUGGGAAGGAAGGAGAGACUUUUCCAGAAACAACAAGUCUGUGGAAGGGUCUGACUUGCUCAAACCAGAGGAGGAAACAGAAACCCCUCUACAGCCUUUCAGGGGUUUCUUUGACCCAGAAUAGACUUGUUUUUUUUUUUAGCAAGAUCACAGGGGUCUUUGUACCUCUAAUUGAAAUAAAGGUGAAUGACAGUUGUUCUCAUGGGUCUAGAAGUUGAGGAGUUAUUUUCAGGGCAGAGAUUGGGCAUCAAGAAGUUGAGAACGAAGAUCAGGAAAGAGGGCUAAAGGAACCGAUUCCUAACGACUAAUGAAAGAGAGAAGGGUUUCUUUGGUUCUGUUAUGAGUAGGAUUGGCCAGAGGUAGGAAUGUGAGGAGGAGGGAGUAGGAAGAAAGAGAACCCAGGUCCCUGCCUCCAUCUUCAGCAGGUGUGGCUUAUCGCCUGCCUUCUUGUAGUUGUUUGUCUCCAAGAGCUGUUACCUUGCUCAUCUGAAGGGGCAAGAUGCAAGAGAUCAUGCAAGACACGUCUACCCUCUCAUUGCUUCCCCAAGGGAACUUGGAAAGGAGAGAGUCAGGUAUUAGAGGAAAGAGAAAAGCAUUCCUAUCCAAAGCCCUGGCCUUAAAGAAUGCCACCAAGUAGCUGCUCCCAAGUUGUCAGCCUUGUUACCUGGCUAAGGUAUCCAAGCCAGACAGGGAGAAAGAAACUGGUGUCUUCCUUACCCUGGGGACAGGGUAGAAGAGGGUAGUAUGUUUAGGGAAGAGCCAGACAGGCAACUUCCUUUGGCCUGUGUGCAUCUGGCCUGGAACUAGGGUUCAUAAGAGCCGAUUUUUUGUUUGUUUGUUGCCAUCCUUCACGUUUUGCCACUUCUCCUAUCAGAGAAUGUAAGUCAUUUUAAUGUUAGGCCAAAAUAAACAACCUAUAGGGUACAUAUGUUGUCAGAAAAGGUAACGCAAUGCAUGCCAAACCAAACUAAAAUGACUGGAUUGUCUGCUACUGACUAAUCAGGGGUUCACAGAAGACUGGGACAAGAAACUGCAGUUUAUUGAGGGCAUUUCAGCUCCUCCUACCACCUCAACAGGACUUCGUCCAGACUCUCCUCUUACCUUUGUGCCUUGACUGUGGUUCUUUGUGGCAAGAUGCUUUGGUUGGUAAAACAUAAUAUGGAACAAAGGAUCCACUGAAGUGA